AUGACCCUCGUGGAGAGCUUGAAGGGAGACCCCCAGAGACUAUGGCAGUGGAUAAGCAGCCAAGUUCUAGGACAGGAAAUUUUAUCAGAGAAGUUGGGACCUGCAAGCUGCGCAGCGGGGGACAUGGAGCCCCCUCUCGAAGUGGUGCCUCAGGAGCUGGGACUUGAGAAUUCGCCCUCUGGGCCUGGGGAGCCACUGCACUGCGCUGUGAAGGAGGAGUCCGACACGGAACAAGAGUCGGUGGUGGCUGCUUCCCAGCUUCCUGCCCAGCCUGAAGAGAGGCUCAGCGGGGACCAGGCCUUUGGAGCCUCUCUUCUCCAAACAGCACCGCAGGUGCAGUGGAGGCACCUGGAUUCCACUCAGAAAGAGCAAUACUGGGAUCUCAUGCUGGAGACAUAUGGGAAAAUGGUCUCAGGAGGCAUUUCCAGUUCUAAGCCUGAUCUGACUAAUUUAACAGAGUAUGGGAAUAAACUGUCAGGAUUGCACUUUCAUGUCAGUGAGAAGAUUCUGAGGCCCACCUACAUAGGUGAAAACACAGGAAUAUCACAAAGAAACCUAAACUUGGGAAAUUACAGGGACCAGGAACCUCCAGAUGCCUCCUGUCAGGCCUCAGGAGGGACACCUUCUCAGGUCUCUUUGAGUGGCUUCUUCAGUGAGGAUGAGCUGAGAUGCUUUGGAGAAGGAGAGAAGCUCCCCGAGGUUCAGGAAAACCUUCAGGGUGAGGGAACAGGUCAGCUGUGUCCUCAGGAAAGGACUUCUGGGAAACAGCUGAAUCAGCAUUUGCCUCAUCCUCAUCUGGGAGAACUGUCUGUGCUGUGGCUUGAGGAGAAGAGAGAGACCUCCCCUAGAGGGCAGCUGAGAGCCCCCAUGGCCCAGAAACUCCCCACCUGCAGGGAGUGUGGAAAAACCUUUUACAGGAAUUCUCAGCUUGUUUUUCACCAAAUAAGUCACACUGGAGAGAUGUACUUUCAGUGCCCCACCUGCAGAAAAGCCUUCCUUAGGAGUUUAGACUUUGUGAAGCAUCAAAGGAUUCACAUGGGGGAGAAACCUUGUAAAUGUGAUUACUGUGGGAAAGGCUUCGGUGAUUUCUCAGGAUUGCACCACCAUGAGAAAAUCCACACAGGAGAGAAGCCCUAUAAAUGUCCCAUCUGUGAGAAAAGUUUUAUUCAACGGUCCAACUUUAAUAGACAUCAGAGGGUUCACACUGGAGAGAAGCCUUAUAAGUGCACCCGCUGUGGGAAAAGCUUCAGCUGGAGCUCGAGCCUUGAUAAGCAUCAAAGAUCUCACUUAGGAAAGAAGUCCUUUCAAUAGCCAAGCUCUCACAGCCCUUUUCCAUCUUCCAGUCCAUUUAAAACCCUUAGCAUCCUCCAGGGAGGCUGCAUUUGUUAAAGUCUAUCCCUGUUCUCUUUCUGGGGGAUUGGAGAGGGGAGUACCUCUGCAGGUGUGGUUUUGGACUUGGAGGACAUUCUAGCCUCUGGAUUGGAUUUCAUACUGGUUUAAUUUCUUGCUUCUGCAUCAGGAGAAAGAUACUCAUCAUCUUUCUGAAAGUUCCUUCUUUUGCACCUCUUGGGGAAAAAUGUGUCACUUGGAGACCUCAUUGUAGAGGUGCCAUCUGGGAAGAGUUAAGUGGGAAGAAUUAGCCCCAGUUGCUACUCAUGGGAAGAACUUCGGAUAGGCCUCUGGAGAAGGACUUCUGUUGUGGGAAGCAGGGCAUGGAGUACCAGUGAGCUCAUGUGUUCUUUUUGUAAUCCAGGUGCCAAAGUAACUUCAGGUGUCCCUUGUUUUAAAUAAACUUAGCAUUACUCCCUAGCUCA